UUGACCCUGAUCAGAGAGCAGGGGAGCAGUGCAGAUACUGCACGGUAACUGUAAAACAUUUCAGGCCCGUUUUGUUACCGCGAACUGGGAAUGGCUGUCUGGUAAUGCGGUGGACCGUCGGCUGUGGAAGCCCUCGAUGCCGCUGUCGUCCCGCCGUGCCUUCGUGAGUCCUGACGGGCCGAUACCCUCCGCCAUGGCCUCAGCGUUACCCCGCUGCACAUCUGUCAGACUCCCCGCUGCGGCCACCGCCGUCCUGCUCCUGCUGUCCGUGACCACCGUACAGUCCUCUCAAGGCGACAAGGAGCCGGUUUACCGAGACUGUGUGAAGCAAUGUGUCCGGACCAACUGCACCGGAGCUCGGCUACGGGGCUUUCAGUCUGCCCAGCCGCAGUACAUGGCGCUGACAGGUUGGACGUGUCGUGAUGACUGUCGUUAUCAAUGCAUGUGGACCACAGUGGGCCUUUACCAGGCCGAAGGGUACAGAGUCCCACAGUUCCACGGCAAGUGGCCGUUUGCGCGCUUCCUGUGUUUUGAGGAGCCAGCUUCUGCUCUGGCCUCUCUGCUCAAUGGCCUGGCUUGCCUUCUCAUGCUGCUGCGCUAUCGGAGCACGGUGCCACGCCAGAGCCCCAUGUACCACACCAUCAACGCCUUUUCUCUGGUAUCUCUUAAUGCCUGGUUCUGGUCCACAGUGUUUCACACCCGGGACACCUAUCUCACCGAGAAAAUGGACUAUUUCUGUGCAACAGCGGUCAUUCUUUACUCAAUCUACCUGUGCUGUGUUAGAACGUUGGGUCUGAGGCGACCUGGGGUGUCCAGCAUGGUGGGAGUCCUUCUGAUCUUGGCCUUUACGUCGCAUGUGUCCUACUUGACCUUUGUCAGUUUCGACUACGGCUACAACAUGGCUGCUAACGCCACCAUUGGCAUGGUGAACCUCCUGUGGUGGCUGUGUUGGUGCUGGCAGAACCGGCGGACGCUGCCAUACUGGUGGAAGUGCGGCCUGGUGGUGCUGCUGCUUCACGGUCUGGCCCUGUUGGAGCUGCUGGACUUCCCUCCAAUGCUCUGGGUCCUGGAUGCUCAUGCUGUGUGGCACCUUAGCACUGUACCAGUGCACUUCCUUUUCUACAGUUUCCUGAUAGACGACAGCCUCUACCUACUAAACACAGAGAAGAUGGGCGUCAAAGUCGAGUAGGAGGAGCUCAUCCCCUCUUCACUGCGCCUACACCCUCGCACCUUUCCAAUCAGGGCAGCCCGACACCCGAACACGGAAGUAGCUCAGCCUCCCAGAUGCAUGACAUCACUAUGACUUCCAUCAAAGUAGACUUUGUUUACAUGUCUCUCGUAUUAAUGUUUUUUAAAGUAUUUAUUCGGGGAGUCAUUCCUCUCUUCUCAUGAUCACGACUGAUGCUUGCUCUACUUAACUUUGCCUUGUUCUGACAUGUGCUCUAUGAGUCUCUUGCCAUUUAACUGCAAAAACAAGAUGAAGGAAAGCGUUUUGCGUUCCACCACAGCAGACACAGGUUUUUCACCACUGGCGUGCAUAUCAUGUUCUGUUUCGACUGUCAGUUGCGUUUUCUGAAAUCGAACCCUUGAACCCAUGACUCUCUGACACGCUUAGCUCCGCACAGAUGGCAGUUUGCUGUGGCUGUCAAUAGAGGGCACCAAAUCCCAAAGCCACGCCAUCAUAACCUGCUGUGUGUGGUACAGUGUGUGUCUGUUCCUAAAGUGGACUGGCGGACACAGAGAGGUGCCUCUUGUGAAGUGGGAGGGCUGGGGGUGGGGGGUCUGCCAGUGGAUUGUUCUAGAGAGAGGGGGGAGGGGGUUUAUGUUUGGAAGCCAUUCUAGCUGACUGUGUUUUUUUUUUUUUUUUUCUCACCAUCACACCUUUAUUUUUGUGCCUGCGUUGUUUCCACUGCUGCUUUUGUUUCGCUAUAAUUUGAGUUUUAUCAGCUGCCUUUUAAUUCUGUUGUCGAUGACCAAUCUGUGUGCAUUAUUCUGUUUGAUUACUUGAUUUUGAAUUUGGGUGGGAUACGCCUGAUGAUCAUAAAAUGGAAUUAUUAUUUGAUUCACCUGGAUUGCCUUUAGUGUGAGGAGAAGGAGAAAGUGAUCGAGGUAGGAGAAGCUGCAACAGGAAGCUGGGGGCUUUUAUUAUUUUUUUUUUAACAUCAAGAGAUUCUAAUAAAUUUUGGGGUUAGGUGGUGUGUGUGGAUGAGAUGUUUGACGCCCACUAUUUGAAUUCUGUUGCAUUUUCUGCUGUAAUAUUUCCCACAAUUGCGCACACACACACACACGACCAGCUGCUGUACAGAUAACUGCCCCGUCCUGUAAAAUACUCCAUUUCCCUCCAUGUUUGCCUUACAUACUGUAUCAUAACCUGCUUGUCAAUGAGCAUGUUUCUUCUUUUUUUAUAUCAAAUAUUUCGUUUCCUGGCACCAAAACUCUUGAAUUCAUACCAUGUAUGGCUUCGUCCCUCAGAGCUUCCCUCCCAUAUGUGCACUUUACGGGUCUGUGUACAUAGUUUGUUUUGAAAUUCUGCCCAUGCCUUCGUAUUUUCUGUGUGAGAACAAUGACCAGUACAGUUUGUGUGUACACGUUGCCUUGACUCGACAUUGUGUUGUUUUUGCCAUCGUAAACUGAAUCACUGUGUGUGUGAGUGUGAGAGAGAGCUAGACUGUGCUCGAUCCUUUUGUAAAAGUACUGAUGUGUGACAGAGAGUGUGUGUGUGUGUAUAUAAAUACAUAUAUGUUGGAGGUUUGAAGCGUGAAUGUGUGCAAGAUGACGGGUAAAUUUAGCUUUGCUGACUGCCUGUGAUGGGGGUGGGGGGGUGACAGGGAGAGGUUGUCAUAGCUUUGGGUGGCAUAAAGAUUUCUGAACUCACAGCAGAGAUUCUGAGCAUAUUAGAUAAGAAACGUUAUGUAGUUCAUAUUCUCAGAUAAUGCUUUUUUUAACUACUAUUAUUUAUGAAAUGCUUUCUGGGGCUCCAAUUAAGGCAGUGAACACUCUUCUGUAAAGCUAAAACAAGAACAAAAUCUGAUUUCAAUUUAUCCCCAAAUCCAAGUUUAUUCAAAACUGAAAUUUUAAUUAUUAGAAAAAUGUAAAUAAUCUCAUUGGUAUCUAUUUGAAUUAGCUGAAUAUUAGCGUAAAACAAACAAAAGUUUCUGCUCUGAAAAUCAUUUAAUUUUUUGUUUCCUCCUUCCUCACCAACACAUCCCUCCUCUUCCCUCACUCAUCUGCUGCCCCCUGCCUGCUGCCCUGUGCACCAUCACCUCUCCGACUGAGUGCACCUUCCUCCACCUCGCAUCUAAUAUUUGACCAAAAAAAAUCAGAAAGAAAAGGAACAAAUAAAAGUGUUCUUUGUUAAUAAGGAA